UCUGAAUGUGAUGUGACAUUUCUUUUCUAGCCUAGAAGUGAGUUGACAUUCAUUGAAUAUCUAUAAAAUUAUACUAUAAAUACAAAUAUGGCAGAAAAAACUGCGAAAGAAAAAACAAUAGCGACUCACUAUGCUGAAUUGAAUCGGCUCAGUCAAAACGGUGAAUACGAAAGGGCCCUGAAGGCUGCAAACAAGAUUCUAGGAGUGUCCCCACAUGAAUUUGAUGCUUUCCAUUGUAAAAUAGUCUGCCUCAUACAUUUGUCCAAGUUUGAUGAGGCAAUUUCCCUUAUGAACAAGAAUCCCCAAUAUCUACAGGGCUUGAUAUUUGAGAAAUCCUAUUGUUAUUAUCGUGUGAAUAAACCAGGAGAUGCAUUACAAGUUAUUGAAGCUAGUGAGCAAGAAUUAGAUUUUCGUGUCAAGGAGCUGAAAGCCCAAAUCCUAUAUAGAGUUGAAGACUUUGAAUCAUCUGUUGCUAUAUAUCAUGAUGUCAUCAAGAAUAUUCAUAAUGAUGAUUAUGAGGAUGAGCGGUAUACUAACCUAAGUGCUGCUAUGGUUUAUCUACAAAAUCAGCAAACAGAUAAUGUUAUUGAGGAAUUCAGGGAAAACACUUAUGAGCUUUGUUAUAAUAAAGCCUGUAUGUUGAUUGCCAAUGAAAACUAUGUAGAAGCUGAGAAAAAGCUCAGACAAUGUGAGAAACUUUGUAGAGAAGUUCUAGAGGAAGAUGAGGCAACUGAUGAAGAGAUUGAUAUUGAGUUGGCUCUAAUACGUAUACAACUUGGUUUUGUCUACCAAAAACUAGGCAGACUCAAAGAAUGCCAACAACUGUAUACUAGCAAUUUAAAAUUGAAAUUAGAUGACAUUGCUUUGAUGGCUGUAGCAAGCAAUAACAUUGUGUGCAUCAACAAAGAUCAGAACCUGUUUGAUUCCAAGAAGAAGAUGAAAAUUGCUAUGAAUGACCAACUAACUUUCAAGCUACCAUCUAAACAGAGAAAAUUCAUUGCUCUAAAUAAUGCUAUUUUUAACUACUAUAUAAAUCAAUCUGAUCAGUGUGAGAAGGCUUGUAAGAUCAUUGAUUCUAAUUGGCCUGAGAUGCAUUUGCAAACUGUUAUUUUGAGAGCAUUGAAUUUGAUAAAAUCAGAGAAGGUCAAAGAUGCUAUUGAGUUGCUCAGGUCAGCCAAAACAAAAGAUGACAAUUUGUACAUAAAUUUGUGCAUUGCUCAAAUUCAUUUGAUUCAGGGAGAUAGACUUGAAGCAUGCAAAGUCCUAGAGAAUCUUGGUGAAGACAGCUUCAAACCUGGUAUUGUGGGAGCACUUACAACCCUUUACCUUGGCAUUGGCCAGGAAGAAACUGCAUUGAAAGUGUUUGAGAACACUGUUGAGUUUUAUAAGAAAAACAAAGUGAAAGGUGUUGACUUGUCUAGUCUUUGGAGACAAGCUGCAGAAUUCCAUAUUAGAAAAGGACUUCCACAAGUUGCUGCAAAUAGUUUAGAGGAACUCUUGAAAACUAAUGAAGAUGAUAAGAAACUAGUAGCCCAAUUAGUUGUAGCCUAUGCACAAUUUGAUGAGCCUAGAGCCCUAAAGCUCAGCAAUGAAUUGAUAUCUGUUGAAGAGUUAGCAAAAGAUGUUGAUAUGGAGGAUAUUGAAGCAUCUGCAACAGCAGUAAACUUCAAGAAAAGCCCAGCCAUUAAACAAGAAUCACUGCCAAGUACACCUAGAGACGAUUCAGCUAAAAGAACCAAAAAGCAUAAGAAACACAAAGGUAAAUUGCCUAAAAACUGUGACCUCAGCAUUCCCCCAGACCCAGAAAGAUGGCUGCCUAAGUAUGAAAGGUCUGGCUAUCGUAGAAAAAGAGACCGUAGGACUAAAGAAGUCAUCAAAGGUUCUCAGGGUACUGCAUCAGGACAAGCAGAACAGUAUGAUUUCUCCAAGUUUGUCGAUGAUUCUUCCGAUACAACUGGGUCUACAGUGGAACCUUCACCAAGAGGUAAACCACCUCAGCACCAGCAGAAGAAAAAUGUACAAAAAAGAAAGAACAAACGCCGUUGAUCUUUUUCAGAUAGUUUUUCUACUUGCUUGUGAAUUGUUAAUGUUAUGUCACAGAUUAUAAGGUUUGUUAAUCUGUGGUUAUGUACCUGCAUGUGAGUAGGAUGUUUUUGAAUUGACAUUUCUAGUUUGGUGAUUUUUAUAUCCACACAUUUAUAUUCAAAAAUAAAGGUUUGUGACUGUUCUUGAU